AUGCCCCAGGUCAGCGGCAGAGAGGAGCCGCUCUGUGCGCCACCGCGGGAGGACCGAGCGACAAGGGCGCGGGCGGGGCCCAUAGAGCGCCCGGAGGACUCCCGGCUAGAGUGGAUGCGGCGUCCCGCACCACCCCCCCCGCCCCCCGCCAUAGAGGUGGGGGAUGGGCGGCUAGAGAGGCCGCCCCCUCCAGGCCUCACCUGCCGCGCUGCCUCGCCGGGCACCAUAGAGCGGCGGGAGGUCUCCCCGCCGGCCCCCCGCGCCGCGACCCCCAUUGCCUCCGCCCCCCGCCCUGCCCCCGCCCGCCUCCCGCCCUGCCUGGACCCCUGCCUGCUCCUGCCCGCCCUGCCCACCCCAGCCCUCGCUGCCGGUACCCCUGCCCGCUCCCGCCCUGCCCGCAUCGCCCCUCGCUGCCGGUACCGCUGCCCGCUCCCGCCCUGCCCGCAUCGCCCCUCGCUGCCGGUACCCCUGCCCGCUCCUGCCCUGCCCUGCCCAUGCCCCCCCCCGCACCCCGGCACCCGCUGGGUGACCGACUUCUUCUCCUACGAGACCACCAAGUCGGUGGUGGUGAAGAGCUGGGUGGUGGGGGCCGUCAACCGCGGCGUGCAGCUCCUCAUCCUCGCUUACUUCAUCGGCUGGGUCUUCCUCCAUGAGAAAGCCUACCAGGUGCGGGACACCGUCAUCGAGUCCUCGGUGGUGACCAAGGUCAAGGGCAUCGGGCGCUAUGCCGGCCGGGUGCUGGAUACGGCCGACUACGUCACCCCCCACCAGGGCACCUCGGUGUUCGUGGUGGUCACCAAGCAGAUCCUGACGGAGAACCAGGUGCAGGGCGUCUGCCCAGAGAGCGAAGCCGAGUACCGCUGCACAGCCGACCGUGACUGCCAGGGGAAGAGCCCCACCACGGGCAGCGGGGUGCUGACGGGGCGCUGCGUCCCCUACAACGGGUCCCUGAGCACUUGUGAGAUCCAGGGCUGGUGCCCGCCGGAGGUGGACACUGUCGAUGUACCCGUCAUGCUGGAGGCUGAAAACUUCACCCUCUUCAUCAAGAACAGCAUCCGCUUCCCGCUCUUUGGAUUUGAGAAGGCCAACCUGCCGCCCCCCGGCAGCUGGGGGGAGCUGGGGCGCUGCCGGUUCCACCCCGAGCGGCAGCCCCUCUGCCCCAUCCUGCGGCUGGGGGACGUGGUGCGCCUCGCCGGGCAGGACUUCCCCACGCUGGCCGCCACCGGUGGGGUGCUGGGCAUCAAGAUCGGGUGGGUGUGCGACCUGGACCGCGCCUGGGAGCGCUGCCUGCCCCGCUACUCCUUCACCCGCCUGGACGGCCUUGCCCGACCCCCCGCCCCGGCCCCCGGCUACAACUUCAGGCACGCCCGGUACUACCGCUGGCCGGAUGGCACCGAGCGCCGCACCCUCACCAAGGCCUUCGGCAUCCGCUUCGACGUCCUGGUGUACGGCAAUGCUGGGAAGUUUGGCAUCGUCCCCACCCUCAUCAACACGGUGGCAGCUUUCACCUCUAUUGGCGUGGGCACAGUGCUGUGCGAUAUCAUCCUGCUCAACUUCCUGAAGGGAGCCGAGCACUACAAGGCCCGCAAGUUCGAGGAGGUGCCAGAGGCUGGCGUGCCCGCGCCCCCCACCAGCCCCACGGCAUGUCCCCUUGGGGCGCUGGGGGGCUGCAGCCGAGACAAGCAGUCCACCGACUCGGGCACCUUCUCCCUCGGCCUCUAGCUCUGGGUGCCAUGGGACAGCCCCCCACCUGCCCCCCACUCUGGGGCAGCCCCCUGCCUGCACCCGGCCGGGGAGCCCCCGCACCCUCCCCGCCCCAGUCCCCCCAAUGGCUGGCACCCCCUUUCCCACACUGGCAGUGGGACAGGGCACAGGGGGCAUAUGGGGCAGUGGGUGACGCUGGUGGCCGUGGGGCAGGGGGGGCCAUGGGGACGACGUCGGGGCCGCAGUGGUGGCAGCAGGAGCACAGGGGACAGGGCACAGGGUGGCACUGGGGAUCACGGCAGGACAGUGGGGGCACAGGGUGGCUGAGGGGGGAGGAUGGGGGUGAGGAACAUAGGGUGGCCCCGGGGGUGGCAGAGGGACACAGGGGACGUGGGGGGGUGGCACGGGGGAUGUGGGGAGAAUGGGGUGGUCCCAGGGGUGGCAGAGGGGCACAGGGCUCCAGGGAUGUCCCACAAGGGCUGCCCAGGUGGGCACCAGGGCUGGGGUGCCUGGGGAGUGGGGAUGGGGGACACAGCCCUCUGGGUGCCACUCUGCUGACCCCCCGCACCCCGUGACCCCCAGUGCGUGUGUGCCCAGUGCCACCGCGGGAACCUGGCCCCCAUCCGCAGCCCGCUCAUCUGCACCGGGGCCAGCGCCCACAGCCGGGUGAGGGGCUCGCCGGGACCCCCGCCGGGCUCCUCCUGCCCACCCUGUCCCCAGUGCCCACCCUGGGUGCCCCAGCCCCAUCCCCAGGGUGCCCCAGCCCCACUGUCCCCCCCUGACCCAGGUCCCCAGUGCUCCCCUCACCAGGUGCCACCUGGCUGGGGGGGUCCGGGGGGUCCCACCCCAUUUCCCCUGGGUCCCCACAGCUCCCACACCUCCAGCAAGGGGCAGGGGCUGGGGUGGGCACCAGGGCAGUGGGUGCUGUUGGGUGCCAGGGGUGACACCCCAAGCCCCCCCCCCCCAAGAUGGGUGCUGGGGACAUGUGGGCUGCCGGGCCCUCUGUGACCCCCCCCAGGACCUCCCUGCUCCCAGCCUGCCCCACAGUGGGGGGGCUGCACCCCCCACCCCAAUAAACCUUUGGCUUGCAGCA